UGAUCUCGUGCACACCGAUGCUGACUUAACGCGCGCGCCGCGACGGGACUGCGCGAGCACGUGAACGCGAUCCCCAGAUCACCUUCAGUCUCUACUCGCAAUCACCCGCCUCGGCCAACAUGAAGGAGCGGAGGGUGAGCCAGCCUCUGGUGGUCCGCUGUAAACUUGUCCUGGUGGGGGAUGUUCAGUGCGGGAAAACAGCGAUGCUGCAGGUGCUGGCCAAGGACUGUUACCCAGAGACUUACGUCCCCACCGUGUUCGAGAACUACACAGCCGGCUUGGAUCUGGAAGAGCAGCGCGUGGAGCUCAGUCUGUGGGACACGUCAGGUUCUCCGUAUUAUGAUAACGUCAGGCCACUCUGCUAUAGCGACUCAGAUGCCGUACUGCUCUGCUUCGACAUCAGCCGACCUGACACUGUUGACAGCUCACUGAAAAAGUGGAAGACCGAGAUCAUGGAUUUCUGUCCCAGCACACGCAUCCUUCUAGUUGGCUGCAAGACAGACCUGCGCACGGAUGUGUGCACACUGAUGGAGCUGUCCAAUCAGAAAAUGGUGCCCAUUUCUCAUGAGCAGGGGUCUUCAUUAGCGAAGCAGAUCGGAGCAGAGGCGUAUCUGGAAUGCUCGGCGUUCACAUCAGAGAAAAGCAUCCACAGUGUUUUUCGCUCGGCUGCACUCGCUUGCCUCAACAAGCUGCAGCCGUCAGUCAAACCCAGCCCGGGCCGGCGACUGUCCAAACGCCUGCUGCACCUGCCUAGCAAGGCCGAGCUUCUGAGCUCCUCCCUCGGCAAGGAGAGGACCAAGAGCUGCUGCAUCAUGUGACUCUUCACAUGUUGAAACAGAUCAACAGAAGGGCAGUUUUGGGGCGAGAAGAGGUUGUGACCUUUGCUGGCUCCUCGUCUCCCCCCACCACCCUCACGUUUUGCCUUCUCCAUUUGAGUUACUUUUAACGUCCUCCCUCUUCCACUUAACUUGGCAGGUUCUGCUGAACUUUCCUUGUGUGGAGGUUUUUUCUAGCACACUUCCUAAAGUUCAGGGUCAUUUCUGCCUGCUGACAGAAGCUUCAUAUGAACUUCAUUUUGUACUUAAGGAACCUGGUUUGUUCAUUUAUGACUUUAAUUCAUUGUUGCGUAUAUGUACAAGAAUGAGAUUUGAACUGUGAAUGCAUUUGAACUGUACAAAAAGGCUUCCUAUACAUGGUUUGCACUUUAGGGUGUUUACUGGACCUCUGAGGUACUGCAUCAUUUUGUACUUUGCAACAUGCCCAAAUAAGGACUUUGGACCUAAACUAUUUUUGUCUAUGGGGAAAAAUGAAUGGCGCUUUUGAAAAUGAUUCUCUUUAUAUCCAGUUGUAAACAAGCCGAUGCAUUUUGUCCUAUGUAGUUUCCCCUAAACAUUCCUAAGUCUCAGAAUUAGACCUUUGAGUCAAAAUAUGAGUAAUCAGAAAAGGAGUAUUUCUAUAUACCAGUGGCGAACCAUGAUCAUUAGAGCUAGGCCAAGAUUAUCAGAGUUUGUUAGCACUAAUCUAACUGUGAUCCUCAUGAACAUUUUUGUCAGUUCUGAUUAAAAACAGACAUUUGAAGCUUCUAAAAGACAUUCUAUGUUUUUUGAAGGUUGUGACAGACAUAGUAGGAUAUAUUUUACCUUUUAGAGGACUGGGAUGGAGCUGCUGCUGCUGCUGCUGUUUUCCAUUUCUAACAACCCGUUGAUUAGACUGCUGCUGGUAUUCACAGUCAUUGACGUAUCUGGGAUUUCCAGCCUAGAGUCACAUUUUUUUGUCACAAAAUUGGAUCCCGCUUACUGCAAAUCAAAAUAUGAUUGGUUAAUUCCUCUGUCACUUCUUAAAUUAUGCAAAUGAUUCAUCUAAUGCCAGGAUUUCCCUUCAGCUCUUGAAAUCUUAACCAAUAGGAGAGCUCGCUAUAUAUGUAUGUAGAUACCACAGAGACAAUCCUGAGUGGCCAAUUUUUUUUUUUUUUGAAAUGCUUUUGUUUCCAUCCAAUAUUUAACAAUGAAACAAAAGUAGUGCUCAUGCAUGAUUUUAAAGAUGUGCCCGCUCUUUGAUCGGCCAUCCCAAAUGUCACCCCAUAAAUUUCUGCCACAUCACUGGCUUCCAGCUCAAUAUGGGGCAGGUGUUUGUGACUUUAGAGGAGAGCUGGUUCAUUAUCGGCAACUGGCAAAACAACUCUCUCUCCAGUCCUGCACAUUUAACUGAAGUCACUAAGUUACAUCAACCUAAGGCUACUAUUGUAACUGUACACUGCAAUACUAUUAUACAACAACACUAGCUUCUCAUAUUUGUAGCCUAAAAUUGCCAAAGCCACUUGACUACCGCAAAACUUGCUAGUUUGCGUGGGAUAUUCUGAUGAGAUUGCCCGUUUUAUGAUGCAACUUAAACGCACAAAAGUAUUAGCCUGCUUGUAGCAUACAUGUAGCAAAAUUCAUAACCACUUAACGACUCCACAAUUCAAAAAAUAUAGUUAUAUUUGGGGGAAACUUACCAAGGACAUAAUGUAUUGUUGGUUAACCACAGCACUUUUUUUCAGUGAGAAAAGAGGCUUAGAGUCAGGACUUGUCUGGAUGCUAAAAGUGAACUACAAAAUGAUGACAAAUCCUCAGGAGUCUACAGGAAACCAGAUUCAGUGAUUGCUGUGUACUUAAUACGUGAGACAGGCCAAAGUAUGAUUGCUGUUUGGUUAGAGGACGCAAAAGGGUAAGGGGAGGAACCGGAGGUUUAUCUCCCCUCGAAAAAGGAAAGAGCCGUUAUAAAUCUGACACCGGAUAGAGCAUGCAAUCACAUUUAGGGAGUUAGAACGUGUUUAAAAUGCUGACUCGUGUUCUAUUUCUCUCGUACUCUCUCACAGAUACAUGCGUUUCCCUGCUUCAUCUCAUGUCUGUCCAUAAAUCUUAGCCAGUGAACCCUUCAGAGAGGGGGCAGCCCGGCCAGUUCCUGAAAUAACAUAAACGAGCUAACAGUUGUUGAAUUUGAAUGGUGCCUGACCCCACAGCUACUGCGGAGUGUAAAGCCUGUUCGAACAGGCUUGGGACCGAGGAGUCAGGGGGAUUAGCUGAGGAGACAGGAGGCCAUUUCAGUCCAGCCCAAUCUGAUGAGAGGUUAGAUAAGAAAAAACACACUUUCCUCCCUUCUCCAAGACUGCCUUCUCUUUGAUUUUCAAUUAUUGAUUAACCCUCUAAAUGGCCAGGGCCCACCAGCUGGCCAAAAGGUUUAUUACACACUUCUAUAACCUAAGAAUACAUACUAAAAUGCUUAGUUCUUCAAGGGCUCUUUAGCAAAGAAAAUGGUUCUAUGUAGAACUAUCAACACUCAAAGAACCAUUUGCAUGAUUAAAUGGGUCUCUGCAUGGUGAAAUGGCUCUUCAAUAGCAGAACCCUUUGUGGUGCUAUAUAGAACCCUUUUCAAAAACCAUCUACCAUCAUUUUUAAGAGUGCAGCUCAAGCAGUUUGCAUUAAUGUCCCUGUAGUUACUGAAAAAUAAGUGUCAGUGUGUAAUAAGCCUGUGAUUUUAAGGGGUUAACUCCUGAGUUGCUGUCUUUACGUUAUGCCUGUAAUUGGUUGAUUUGGACUGUUUUGUUAGAAUAUGAUUACGUUCUUGUCUGGUUUGAACAGCAUUACUCCUUAUAAUCGGCUCUGUUUGGAAGGCUCUUUUGAGGUCACUUUCAGGGAAAGAGUUAUGAUCCAUCUUUGAACCUUAUUUGGGUGAUCUCUCUCGCUUUAAUCCCGCCACGGGAUUGCGUAACUCUGUGAAUCUUUUGGUCAUGUAGCAAUCACUGGAAAGCUCAAAGCACCUCAGUUGACUCUUUGAGAUAUUGACCAUUAUUAUUAUUAUUAUUAUUAUUAUUAUUAUUAUUAUUAUACACCCCUAACUUAUUAAUUGAUAUUAUUAUACAUUGUUAAAUAUAAAUAAUUGCAUCUUUAUUAUAUUUAGGAUGAUAGUUCCAAUUCGUACCCUUGCCAGGAAGUUUUAGUUUAUAUUUACUUUGUGUAAAGAUGCAAUCAGUACAUUUUUUGAGAUUUUUUUUUUUUUUGUGGGCUGAGGAUUCCAUACAUAUGAACAUCUUAUGUCAGAUUGUACCUUUAAAUUUUUAAAACUUAUGGACAUACAAGAAUUUUUUUCCUCCCCAAAGAAAACCUCAUUAAACCAUGCACAAAGAUAAACGAUAACUGACUGAAACCCAUAAAAAAACACAACUGAUUUGACAAUUCCCUUUGAAACCUACUUGUAAACCAUAUAUUGAUUUUUCUAUCAAUUUAACGAGACAAAUGGGCUCCUGACUCAGCUUCUGCCAACAGUAUCAGAUACUCUGAGAAUAGCAUGUUGCGGGGUAAGUGUAGGCCCUCCUACUGGAUCACACAAGUGGGCUUCGGUGUAUAAAUCUAACAGGCUGGUCCUGUCACAGAGUUUUUUCCCCAUCUUUGAACGUGCUGUAAUUUUGUUCAUCUCUUUACUUCGUCAUUCUCUCAUGUUGUGUUCCGACUCUGCCUGCCCGUGUUCCUGUCUUUUGUCUAUCGGCGGGUGGGGAAAGGGAGCCUCUGAAGCUGUAGACUGAAGCCGUAGACUUUGUGAGUUUGAUAUGCACACAGCCUUGUGCAUCACCCUACACGCACUGCGCUGGAAUUCGACGGUGUUGCCUAGCAACAGCCGAGGGGGACGGCAUGUCUCAAGGCUGCCAGAUGAAGAACAAGAAGUGAGGACAGGUUCCCUCAUUGUAGCAUUAUACAUCGUCCUACUGCUGAGGCCUUGGCUAUGAAGAGUACAGAGAAACUUAUGAAAUGAGUUUAUAGGCUGCCUCACACAUUCUCGCUAAGAACACUGUGUAGUGCCACACUGACGUUAUUAUGGCCCGACUGACAAAAUGUUUAUAUCAGUCAGGCUUUAAUUUUACACACACACACCUUCUAUUUUCUUCUUUUUCCCUCCCCUUUGGAUACUUGGUCUGGAUGUACAUAUCUCAGUUUUGUAUAAUAAUCUUUGUACAGCCCUCCACGAAAUAUCUGCAAAAGAAUAAGUUAAUACCUGCUGUACAUUUAUGUGUAACGUUGUGUGCUUUGUGAUUCUAAUUUAUUGAACAAAUUGAUGUUGGGUUUACUUCUGUCCACGUAUUCUCUCCUCUGAUAAGCUGUGGUUCUUGACUUCAUUAAAAACCAGCUUUAUUCUGUAAA